CGCAGGGGAAGUUCCGCCCCUUCCCCGGGGGACCGCGGGUUCGAGUCCCGGCCCCGCCGCUUCCGCCUCCGGGGCCGGGCCGGGGUCGCGCCGCUGCCAUGUCCUGCCACUUCCAGAAGCUUUUUGGGACCGACGGGGAGCUGGAGGACGAGGAUUUCCUCUCCGCUGUGGAAGAUGCAGAGAACCAGUUUGUGAUCCCCGGGCAUUCCUCGCCCGGCGUCGUCCCGGUUCCUCCCAGUAAACCCCAUCCCAGUAAACCCCAUCCCAGUAAACCCCAUCCCAGUAAACCCCCCACCCUCCGGCCCCUCGCCGGGCAGGGCGAGCAUCCCGUGGGACUCCAGGGACCCCCAUCGCGGGGAGCAGCGCCCCAGGAUGAGCUGGACAAUGACCUUUUCCUGGCUGCCUGCAGGGAGCUGGAGGGUCCCGAGGUGCCCGUGGGGGCUGGUGCUGCCCCGGUGCCCCCCGGGCGCCACGAGAAGCCACCAUGGAAGUGCCCGGGGAAGGAGAACGCUCAGGAAUGUGGGCUCCCCAAAAAGCUCAGGGUGGCAGAGGAGGUGGUCCCCAGCUCCGGGGGGCUGCAGGACAGGCGGGGCCCCCUCCCCAGUCCCAAACUGGUGCUGCGGCCCAGCGCGGCCGGUGCCUGCGCCCCCAGACCUCCCCCUUCCAUGGGAGAGCUGGGAGGCUCUGGAGGGUCCAUCCCUGCUCCGGGGGCUCUGUGCCUGAGACCUGUCCAAGCAUCCCUGGGAAGGAGCAGCUCCUCGGUGCCCUGGACCCCCCCAGCACAGAGCUGCCCCCAGCCCCGGCUGCCCCCCAGACCCCCCUCGGGCCCCCCCGGCUCCGUGGAGCCCCCCGGCUUCCCGAACCCCCCCACGGCUCCCAGUGCUCCCGGGCCCCCGAGCGUCCCCGUGGUCACCAACCACCUGGUGCAGCUGGUGACAGCGGCCAGCAAAGCCCCCCCCGCGGGAUCCCCCCGAGCCCCCGCCCGCAGGGAGAGCCGGCGCUUCCCGGGGCCCGCCGGGAUCCUGCCCCAGCAGCACUCUGGGAAGCUGCUGGAGGAGAUCCUGGUGUCUGCUCCCCAGACUCCAGCUCACGGGGCCGUGGCAAAGCCGCGGGCUCAGGCGCUGCCCAGCUCCCCGCUGCCCACGGAGGAGGAUUUCGGGAAGGGGCCCUGGCUGGCCAUGAAGACGGAGCUGGGGCUGGAUGAGAGGGACCCCAGCUGCUUCCUCCACACCUACAGCGUGGUCAUGGUGCUCCGCAAGGCAGCCCUGAAGCAGCUCCCAAAAAACAAAGUUCCCAGCAUGGCCGUGAUGAUCAAGUCCCUGACCAGGAGCAGCGCUGGUGCUGGUGCCGUGUUCCGGGACCCCACAGGGGAGAUGCAGGGCACUGUGCACCGGCUGCUGCUGGAGCAGAGGCAGAGCGAGCUCCGGGCCGGCUCCGUGCUGCUCCUGAGGCAGGUCGGGGUCUUCUCCCCCUCCCACCGCAACCACUACCUCAACGUGACCCCCAACAACCUCCUCUGCAUCUUCCCGCCCGAGCCCGAGGGCUGCUCCCCCCGGCAGGUCCCUGCCCAGGCUGAGCUGAGCCCAGACCUCCCUGCACAGCCCACCCGAGGUGUCCCUGUUCCUGAGGACUGGGGACAGUCGAGGACAAGUGGACACAGUGCAGAGCAGCAUCCUGGGGGCUUCUCCCUUUGCCCACCGAGCUCUGAUCCCAGCUGGGAAGAGCCGGUGGGAGCUGAUGGAUGUGACAUGGAUGACCUGGACGGGCUCCUGGGAGAGCUGCCCGAGGAUUUCUUCUCAGCCCCGGCUCAGGUUGACUGCGGCUGAGCCCAGCAGCUGCUGCUGAGGGUGACGGUGCCGAGGAGCAGGUGACACACCUGGCACCCACCCACCUGCUUCUGUCUCUGCGUGUCCGUGGUGUUUGUUGCGGAGCUGAGAGCUGGGGACACCCGGAGGGGAAGUGUCCUCAGCAGUGUCCCCGCUGCUCCGGGCACACGGGGCCCCUCUCGCUCCCAAACCUGCAUUAAAGGGCUCUUUUGUUUCUGCA